AUGGCAAAAUAUCUAUCCGGUGAACUUUAUCGUGAAGCUAAAAAUAAAUAUACACCAUCAGCUUUUAUUGUUAAUAUUUAUGCAUCAUUAAUACGUACAAUAAAUCGUUUAAAAAAUGUAUUUAUUUUCAUAUAUAAUCAUUCAAUGGUAUCCAUAUUAAAACGAUGUCCAAUAGAUUAUAUUGAACAACGUGUUUUUAUAAAUCCACAUGAAAUAAUUGAUUUAUUAAAUGAAGUUCACGCACAUGAAAUAUUAAUUGAUGGAAUUUUUAAUGGUGAUCCACAUCCAGGAAAUAUUUUUCUACUAAAGAAUGGAAAAAUUGGUUUAAUUGAUUUUGGUCAAGUACAAGAAUUUUCGCUAUCUCGUCGUCUUAAAUUAGCUAAAUUAAUUGUUUUACUUGCUGAAGGUACAAAAGAAGAAAUUGUCCAACAUUAUGUAUCAAUGGGUACACGUACACGUUAUAUGAACCCGUAUGUUAUAGAAAAAUUAGCUCGACUUGGCUUUGAUCGUGAUGAUCCCGAAAUAUGUGAAGGCAAAAAUGCACAAUUAUUUUUUGAAGGUUUAGGAAAGUU